CGCUCUGCGCUCCAGCAGUAACGCGCAAAGAUGCUCUGAAAGCAAGUUUGCAGCAUCUCCGAGUCAGAGCCUACAAAAAAACAUUGCAUCUCCAGUCAUUGCACGUCUCUUCCCUGGACUCUAUUCAACACCAUCUUCACUUUCUAACUGCAAGGUUUAUCCACCUGCAUGCGGGAUCCGAGGAUCCGAUUGAACGCUGAUUUUUCGUUCACCUCUUGUACAUUUUCCCGUCAUUAUUUAUUCUUCGCGUAAGUUACUCAUUUUUAGUAGGCUACUGAAUCUUUUUAGUUUUGCCGACCAUUGAGGUCAUAAGUCCUUUUCACGAGGAGAGCGCCAUCAAAGAGCGCUGUUUGAUAUUUAAAGGGAAUAACUCGCCGCGGGUGAGGACGUUUAUCACAUCAUUUGAAAGUAUCAGUACGUCCUGAACAUAACCGAGGCACUGGAUAUCGAUGCGUCUUUAAUUCUGUAUCUGCGCUACUGCGAAUACUCGGUGUGGUCUUACGGUGUUUUGACGGAGGAUCGCAACCACAUCGACGCACCCCACACAUCAACAUCAUCGUGGUUUCGCAUUUUGAAACACCAUAUCAAAUACGCAUCGUGCAUAGGAGAGACGUCUAAAGCUUCUUUAUAAAAAUGAUGGCCGGUGGGGCAGUGCAGCAAAACGGGAUUUUCUCCAGUCCGCAUCAUCACAAUCAACAGCCGCACAUGGAGUCUGAUCCCCCCGAUUCCCGCAAAAGACCCCUGGAGACCCCGACGGAGGCCAGCAGCACAAAACGCACAAACACAGGAGAGCGAUGCAACCAUGCGGCCAUCCAUGAUCCACCAUUUUCAUCAGAUUUUGUCGGAUUUCACGAGGAGGGUGAAUAUUUCUUAAAGGUGCUGAUUCCAAGCUACGCCGCAGGCUCCAUUAUUGGCAAGGGUGGUCAGACCAUUGUCCAGCUACAGAAAGAAACAGGGGCCACCAUCAAACUGUCCAAAUCCAAAGACUUCUACCCAGGAACAACAGAGCGUGUUUGCUUGAUUCAGGGCACCGUAGAGGCACUCAACAGCGUCCAUGACUUCAUCGCGGAGAAAGUACGGGAGAUGCCGCAGAGCGCUCAAAAAACAGAGCCGGUCAGCAUACUUCAACCACAGACCACCGUCAACCCCGACCGUGUCAAACAGGCCAAGCUUAUAGUGCCCAACAGCACGGCAGGACUGAUCAUCGGCAAAGGCGGGGCCACGGUGAAAGCUGUCAUGGAGCAGUCUGGUGCCUGGGUGCAGCUCUCGCAGAAACCAGAAGGCAUCAACCUGCAGGAGCGCGUGGUCACCAUCAGCGGGGAACCUGAGCAGAACCGGAAAGCCGUGGAGAUCAUCGUGCAGAAGAUCCAGGAGGACCCACAGAGCAGCAGCUGUCUCAACAUCAGUUACUCCAACAUCUCCGGCCCAGUGGCCAACUCCAACCCCACCGGUUCACCGUACGCCAACUCGGCAGAGGUGAUGCCGGCCGCUGCCGCAGCGGCGGCAGCCACAGCCUCCAGUCUCCUGGGUCAGGCGAGUCUGGCAGGAGUGGGCGCUUUCCCCACCACCAUGUCCAGCUUCUCAGGGAACGACCUCCUGACUAUCACGUCCGCACUGAACACGUUAGCCAGCUAUGGAUACAAUACCAAUUCCCUGGGUCUGGGGCUCAACCCUGCGGCCGCCUCAGGAGUCCUCGCUGCUGUGGCUGCUAGCGCUAACCCCGCUGCAGCUGCAGCAGCCAACCUGCUAGCCUCCUACGCCAACGACGCGUCCACCAGCGUCGGCCACCCGGCGGCCAGUUUGGGAGGCUUCACGUUAGGAUCGCUAGCCGCUGGAGCCACCAACGGCUAUCUGAGCGCUGCUUCCCCACUGGUAGCAAGUUCUCUAUUGGCCACUGAGAAGUUAAACGAAGGGGCCAAAGAUGUGGUGGAGAUUGCCGUGCCAGAGAACUUGGUGGGUGCCAUUUUGGGGAAGGGAGGCAAAACGCUUGUGGAGUACCAAGAACUGACAGGAGCCCGCAUUCAGAUCUCCAAAAAGGGAGAGUUUGUUCCCGGCACCAGAAACCGUAAAGUUACCAUUACCGGAUCGCCAGCCGCCACACAGGCAGCCCAAUAUCUCAUCAGCCAGCGAAUUACGUACGAGCAGGGUGUGAGGGCCACCAAUCCGCAGAAGGUGGGCUAAAAACAGGGAGUAUGAAAAAGGAGAGAAAGAGUGGGGGAUGGGGAAGAUACAGAGGAAGAGAUGGAGGGCACGUAUAAUGAAGAAAAUCAACCACAUGAUGUGUGGAAAUCUCAGUAUUAAAAAAGAUGAAAAAUCAAGAAAAAAUGUGUAAAAUGUAAAUAUGGGGUUAUUUCUUAAGUUUUGAUCUUUUGGGAUUUUUAUUUGUUGAUUUUUGUUUUGUUUUGUUUUGUUUUGUUUUAUUUUUGUGCAUUUUUCUGGACAGCAGUGAAUGGCAUUUCAACCUGGCAUGCUGCCGCGCUGCAGUUCCCAGCAGGUGGGCAAGGUGGUAGGAUGGGGGAUAAUGGGGUGGAGCAAUUGGAGGUCCAAACUCCCUGGAAUCAGCCCUUUCCCCACCCCCAUCCCCUCCUAGUUGACAGAUUUUUGUUCUUUACUUUUUAGCCCUUAGAUUAAUUCUCUAACCCUUUCACUCAUGCCCCCCUUUUCAAGAGGGUCUGGGACUGAAAACACCCAACCCCUCCCCAAUUCUGUGACACCCCAUAUCCCCCCUAGCCCCCCUCGCCCCAGUCCCCCCAAUUCAGCCAGCCCAACCCUGCCUCGAAAGAUGGGGCAGGAUAGGGCAGGGGAUGCGAGGCUGCUACAGGGUCUCUCAGCGUCACUAGACAUUGACCUGGGGUACCAGUUUGACCAGGUGCAUGCCUCGCGAUGCUACUGCAGAUGUUGUUAGCAUAUGGGAAGCUUGUCGUUCACGUUGCGGGACAUAGGCCAGGAUGCAAAAUGCAUCUGCUUUGGUCAGAAUUAGUACCAGAGAUUGAGGCAUUGUCUCUAUGGGAUCUGAAUUCUGGUGUUUAUACAAAUACUAUUAUCAUUAUUCUAACUACUACUAUUAUUAUCAUCACCAUCAUCGUUAUUUAUUAAUAUGAUUUCACCCAUAAGAACUGAGGUAUCUUCUUUUUUGUUUUUCUUAAUCUGUGAAUUCAGGUUGACAUGAAUGUAAAGACAAUAUUUUGGAUUUAGUUUUUUAUUUAAGUAGAUUGACUCGUGUGUCCAUUGUAAUAUAUGUCUUAUUUAACGUCCAGUGAUAACCACACCGUAGAGAGAAAAAGGGGCAGAUGUACUGUACAGUCAUAUCAAUACAGUUUUAAAAACCUCACAUGGCCAAACACACACUCAGCAGACGAUUGCCACAUAAAGUGCUGAAAAUGCAACUAAAUGGCAGACUUGAAAUCACAACGGGACUAGACAAUUUAUUUACAUAUCUAGUGAAUGAGAAUGUAGGUCUUUGCACAAGUCCAAGGGAGUUAUCAAAAUAUUAUAAAAAUAAUGAAAUAUCUAAUUAAAAAGAAAUGUAACGUCCCAAAAAAGACUCCCCCUUCCUGUUUAGAUCUGCAGUGCUAAAGCCAUUGUGCACUUAGAGCCACUGCAGUCAAAUGCACGAAUUUUCUGUUAAAGAAAAUUUGCAUAGGCAUCAAAUAAUUGAUGAACUCAUACUACUGAACAACCACAGCCACGAACAAAUUCAUGCUCUGAUCAGCACAGGCUAGUUAGUAACAUGGCCUGCCCUGGAAAUCCUCAGUUUUGUUGCAGCACCAGGUUGUCUGCUCUAUUGUGGCUAAUAUAAAUUGCCAGUGAAUCAAUGACUGUGUUAUGUCUACCAUAUAUUUUCAUAUUGGAGGAUCUCUUUCAAUACCUUCUUACAAACUGAACGGGCUGCCCAUGUAUACAACUUCCUGUGCAGAUUAGAACUACCCAUGUGCGAUGUAUGUGCUGCUAAGAUCCUUUUUCUUUUUUUUUUAUCUGAGUACACUGAAUUUUGUCUUAAUGCACUGUGAAGUGUGGAGGCCGUGACGGUAGGCCGAAAAGUCAGGGUUCUGUAUUGUUAUUGCAUUGAUGUAUCACAAUGAUGGAAUGUACUCAUGUGGAGCUAUUUAAACCAACGUCCAUGGAGUCAAUGCAUUGUUCAUCGUAGGGUAGAAGGGAUCAGAGAAUCAGGACUGAAUGGUUUGUUAGGCUGAGGUCAGAGUUUUUGGCAUCAAUCUGCAGUAUCCAAUUAUUCAUUUUCCAGAUGUGCACAAAGUUACGAUCAAAUCCCAAUUACUAACCCCAAGCUGCGGCUGUAUAUUGUAAAGGGGCAGAGGAUGGUAUAUUCUCUAAUUUUGUGUCCUCCGAAAAGGCUAAUACAAAAAGAUAUAUUUAUUCUUUUCUCUGUCUUUUUUUAACACAUCAAGGGUGUUCUGUAAUUUUCUAAAUGCACACAUUAGAACAGAGAGAACUUCCAAACAGAAUGGAUGGCGUACAGGCAUACAGAAUUAGACAGCGCUGUGCUCUCUCUCCCCCGACUAAAGUUAUGAUUCUUUCCUCUCCUUUUGCUAUUGGAGUACCAGGGAGAGUAAAUCUGAACCAAUUGGUAAGGAGGCUUCUUUAUUUUCAUCAACAAAAACCAUCACCUCCCCUCACCUCUUCUCAACCCCUUUUUACCUCCGCGCACUCCCAUUCUGAAACACAUCAACCCAGAGAACCCUUUCUCUCACAUCUCUCCAUGGGUGCCGAUGUCUGGUGUAACAGUGCAUGUGUGCUUGCCCUUUCACGAAACAACGACAAUACAAAAGGGAAGCUGUUUCUAUAGAGUAGAAAAAAAGAGGCUUGCACUAGGUCACAGUCAACCACAUCACACCUGAGUUUGUCACAUCUCGGCCGCUCUUUAAAAAGGAAAUUUGCACAAAGCCAUCAAUGUGUUUGUAUGGUGAGUGUGUGUAUGUGUGUACAGCAAGCUUGCAGUCAUGAGUUCGGAUAGAAGUGUAUGAAGUGUCCAGGCGGAACUAUAAGCAGUUGUGCCCUAAGUGGGGAUGUCUAACAAGCGAAGUAAAGAAAAGAUUGUGUUGUGAAACAACAAUGACUCCAGGUACUAAGUAGGCUAGUUGCCCAUUUAUGAGAUAAUGUUUUCCAAAUGAAGGCACAUCAUAGUUAGAAACCGUAUUUUUAAGGGAGGGCUAUAAAGAUCAAGAUGGCAAUCGAGCGCCUCCGCAUUUUAGAGUGCAUCUGUGCAUUUGUUUUUUUCCCAUGAUGCAGUACUUUAUCAGAUACUUCGGAGCAUGUGGAAGCAGUUAGGUUUCAGUCUCAUUAGAUCCCCAAGAUACGCAUAUAGACACACACAAACAAACACUGACAACGUUUUUUUUUACUAUUUCAAUUGAUUAACACAAAAAGCAAGAUAUUACUGUGACAAUUCAAUGUGAAAACUAAAAAAAAGGUGCCAACGUAGUGUGAAGGAGCAGCUUUUUGUUUUUAUUUUUGGAGGGUUUUGUAUUCAGUACUGAAAGUACAUAUGGGGGGUGUCUGUUUUUUUAUUUGUUUGUAACUGGGAAAAUAGAUCAAAUGUGAGUAAUGAAAGCAAUAUACGUAGUAGCAUGUCGUCAUGUCUUGUCCUUUUGUUCUAUCUGUGUAGGAGCUUUGGAUUUACAUAGAUGUUGAGUAGAUUUGCAUAUAAAAAAAAUUUAAGUUGUGAAGAUGCUGCUAUUGAAUAAGUGAUGUACUAAAAUUUAAGAUGAAAAACAUAUCUGGUCAGUCAUUUAGCAGGAUGUGGUAGUUAUAUGAGGUGUAAUGCUACAUUGAUAAUGAAAUUGCUAUAUCACUGGAUUAAAUAAACCUGUGCCAAAAUAGACCUUUACAGAUUUAAAUGUGAUUUAAACACCAUUAGUUAAGAGCAGACAUACUUUUGUAAUGAAAAAAAAUGUGAAAGUGCCAAACAAGUUACGAUAUAACUAGCGGGGGAUAAAAGUGACUAGCAAAUGCAAAAAAUAGACAUCAGGACUAUAAGAGUUUUCUGCCCCCUUAAUAACUAGUGUAUAUGUGAAAAAAAUAGGGAGGGAUUCAUCAGUUAGGCCAAACAAAAGCAGGGUGCCAUGUGGCCAUUAACACACAUCCCUGGGGCUAGAAGACUGCCGAGUUAGCUUAGCAUGGUUAAAGUUUUAUAAGUUAUCAGCAUUCUUAAGUCAGCCUUUUAUAGUUCUGAAAAUGUAUUUUGUGAAGAUAGAUGUUAUCUUUUUUGCACGUUGAUAUUGCAUGAUACCAAGUGAAGCGUGGAUUUAAAUAACGAAGACACACACACACACACAAAAAAUCAUACAAAAAGGAAAAAAAAAACAAUUAGGCAAUGUGCAUUCAUUUUUAAGAAAUCUUUGCAUGGUAAUAACAGUUAGAGCUAUUAAAUUAGCUUUUCCACGUUUUUAAGUUUUGCUAAGACCAAGUUGGGAGAUUUUUUUGUCCAUUAAAACUAUAGGCCACAGCAACCAACAUCUUUCAAAAUCAUUAUCAUAUUCAGCGUCAUAUUUAGAGCACUCAUUUUGUACACGUUAGCAGCAUAUUGUGAUAUUUUGGAAAACAAGGGAAGCUGGGAAUGAAAGGUUAAUUUAAUCUAUAUUCUUGUGAACAUUACAACAGUUCAUGAUUGUGAAUGUAUUCAUAAGUUUGCAUAUCACUAUGUUGAUCAUAUUUUUAGGGCUUGUGUUUGCUGUAAAUUUUGUGUCAGUAUACUAACAUCAUUAGGCUAUAUUUCUGUUGUUUAGCUUGUUCGGCCAUCAAUGUACAUGAAGUUUGAUUCAUCCUUGUGAUAAUAUGCACUUUAUACUUCUCUUUUAUUUCAUGCCACCCCAGUAAAAACAGCCCUAUUUCCAAAUGAGAGCAAUGCUGUGGCACUGCUUAACCACUUGAAUCCUUUACCUCAUACUGUAUCUCCACCAAUAAAGAAACAGCAGAACUAUAAAAUGGCAGAUUAUCGAAGUUGACCAAAAUGGCAGAAUAGUUUUUGAACUGCAAAAUUUGGAAAUGUUGCUAUUUUGAUAAUGUUUUGUUUUUAAUACAAGGUGCCAAAAAAGGCCUGUCUGAUAUCAUAAAUAACUUUUUUAGGGCCAUGCUGAGACUUUGCUUAGUUCAUGGUUGCUAAAUCAGGCGUAUUUUGCGCAUACAGAGGAUGAGUGAGCUCUGUUGCUCAGUUGGAAUAAGGGAUAUUUGUGUUUUUGUGUUUUGCAUUGAGCAGUUUUGUGUGUGUAUGACAUGCUGUGCAACUCAUGUCAGUGUACCCACACAAGCAGGGCUUAUAUUUUCUUUCCCAGGUUGCUGGGUUCAGCUUUGUCACAUACCGUCGAGUGAAGAUAAAUGCAAACUUAUGGUUUUGCUGAUGUUGAGAAGGUCAUUGCUUUUAUGUGGGCACAUGGCUAGAGCUUGUUGCUCUUCCAAAACCCCACACGCCCCCAGUCCAACGCCACCCCAACCUCGCCUUGGGUCCCCCACCAUCAGAAAAUAAAAACCCGGGGUCACUCUUGAGCUUGUACCCAUUGAAGCACCAGCAAUGUUAGAAUACAUUUGUCAUAUCACUUUUGUUUUGUUCUCUCUUUUUUAUUUUCCUGUUUUUAUUUGUAUGACACUCUCUAACCUAGACCAAGUUAUAACAAAUGUCAUUCACAUGUAUCCUGUUUACUCUCCCUUUUUCUCCCUUUUGCACUUUUCACUGCUCCCCUUUUUUCCAACCACUCCCCACUCUUCUGCCGACCCCCCCCUCACACCCUCCCAGACUUUCUCCUGAGUGCCAAACAAAAACAGUACCAUUCCAAACUUUUUGAGUUCUCUUGUAUGUUGGACAUCCAUCGGAAGCACCCAUGAAGCCAGCAUGUUUCUCCAUAACAUGAUGUCAGUCAUGACGCCUCAACAUUACCCAAAAAGCAAGCAGUAAAAGCGAGACCUGGAUUAACACGUAAAAAGGCUGGCUACCUCUCAUAAACUGCUUUUCCUAAUUCUCUGUCAUCUCUUCAACCUCCAGGACAUCACUGAUUAUGUGCCAUAAUGUUGGGGGGGGGGCGCUGUCACUCUCCUCACCCCUCAAGUCUCUCCAUUAGAUUUUUCGAUGGAAAUCAUUAAAUGCAAACAAAGAAAAAUCCAUGUUAAUGGCAGGUUUUUUUCUUUAACAUAAACAUGCUCAAAAAAAAAAGCUGAGGAGUGUAAACGUCAGCUGUGCAGCCAUCUUCUGUCUUCUGAACUUUGAACUUCUCACCCCUCAUGAACUUUAUUGACCUUCUUCCUACCCUUCUAUGUUCAUCAACUGUUUGGACUUAAAAUCUCCAUUCCAUCUCCAAACCUUUUUGAGACUGUGCAAUUCUAGUUGAGAUGAUUGGAUUUAUUUCUUUUUUAAGACAUCAUUGGGGACGAUUCUCAGAGAUACAAACAAUAAAAACAAACAAACAAACAAAAAUAUAUAAAUAAGAUCCAAACUGUUUCUCCACAAUUUCAUUAUUUUUUCUCAUUGUAAAUAUUUGUCAGAUUUUGUUGAACUGUAACCAGAAACGUGUUCAACAUAAAGGGGCUGGCAGCAUAAAAUCGGUUUUGUGGAGUGCUCACAGGAGCCAGUGAUAGAGAAUCUAAAGUACAGAUGGUUUCAUUUUGGUUAGCCGAACGUAAGCAGCUCCUUUUGGAAGCAAAAAGAAAAAAGAAAUAACCGGAAACAAGUACUGUGCUCCUGUCCAUGUAACGUAUGCUUGAUUAUUGAAUAUUGGGUAAAGAUCCAUCACUGAGCCACAAACACAAUUCUGCGAUUGUCAGGUGAUCAAAGUGCUAAGCUGCCAGGAGGAAUGUUCUUUAACACUAGUUCGUUCACAUCCAACCAUUUAUGCCCCUCAAAACGCAUAAUCACUACUAACCAUUAAGGUAGUCAAGUAGAAUAGUUUUCAUACUUGAACUGAUGGUAGUUGCUAAUCUCAUUGUACAUAUCAGAUAUGUCGAGUGUAAAUUGUGAUAAGUGUUGAUUAGAUGUCUUGAUCAUUGCAUCUGUUCAUGAGAUCAUAGAUGAAAAUGUUUCUUUUGAUUAAGAAAGCUCGAUCAUUCUCAUACGUCUCAACCAUGCUUUGAGCUCCACAUCUAAUGUUUCUAUGCUGCCAGCUUUAUUUUCUGAUAACCCUUCAUGAGCUUAUUUAUUUUAAAACUACUAUACACUAUUAAUAAAUGGCAUCAAGAACUAGAAAAAGGGAAUGACUGGAAAGAUGAAUUACUGUUUUGUUUUUAGUAUUUUAGUGGUUUCUUUUAACAUCAUCCAUUAACUGACUUAAAAAGUAUUAAAUAUUUAAUGUAACUGUAGCAUUGUGUUUGUAAAAAAUAGUGAGUUGUGUUUCUUGACUUGUGGAUUACCAGUGAAGUCAGCAUUUUAGUGCUAAUAUCUAUUAAGUCGUUUUUUUUUUUUUAUUUAAGGGUUAUUAUUUUCCGACGGCAACAGCAGUCAUUAUAAAUGUUCAUUUUACCAUCA